CGCGCCAUCUUCCUGUGAAGUGUUUGAUUGUACCGAAGCAGGCGGUGGGCUGGCAGAGCUGGAAUUAUGGGGAGAAAGAAGAAAAAGCAGAUGAAGCCUUGGUGCUGGUACUGUAACAGAGACUUUGAUGAUGAAAAAAUUCUCAUUCAGCAUCAGAAGGCCAAACACUUCAAAUGCCACAUCUGCCAUAAAAAGCUGUACACGGGUCCUGGACUGGCCAUCCACUGCAUGCAGGUACAUAAAGAGACCAUCGAUGGAGUUCCUAAUGCAAUACCUGGAAGGACAGACAUUGAACUUGAGAUAUACGGCAUGGAGGGUAUUCCAGAAAAAGACAUGGAGGAGAGGAGACGAGUGCUGGAACAAAAGAACCAAGAGACUCAGAAGAAAAAGCAGAACCAGGAUGAUUCUGAUGAGUACGAUGAUGAUGAUGAGCCUGGUCCCUCCUUCCAGCAGCCUGCAGCAGGUCAGCCUCAGGCCGGCUACAUCCCCCCGAUGAGCCAGCCGGGCCUACCUCCUGGCUCUGGUGCUCCAGGGAUCCCACCCGGCAGCUACUCAGGGAUUCCCCCGAUGAUGCCCGGAGUGCCACCCAUGAUGCCAGGAAUGCCCCCUGUAAUGCCAGGGAUGCCUCCAGGGAUGAUACCGAUGGGUGGAAUGAUGCCUCCGAUGAUGCCAGGUGUGCCACCAGGCAUCCCUCCCCCAGUGGCACACCGUCCAGGCUUGACUCACAUGCCUCAGGUCCCCCCUGCUGCAAACGUGCUGACCAGACCUGCGGUUUCUGCUGCCGCUGCGCUGUCAGCCCAGCCCGACGUCACAAAACCUCUGUUCCCCAGUGCUGGACAGAUGGGCAGUCGGGUUGCAAGUACAAGUGCAGGCUCGUCAAGUGCAGAUUCUCAGUGUGCUUCCCCUAAAGCUCUGUUCACAUCACAAAGCCAGCCGACUGUGUCAGGGUCCCCCCACACUCCCCCAUCCACCUCCUCUGACCCCUUAAAGCCCACAUUCCCAGCCUACACUCAGGCCUCCGCGGCCGUGUCCAGCCCCAGCGCUGGCAGCAGCACGGUCUCCAAACCUCCCUCCACUGUGACCAGUAAGCCCGCCACACUCACCACCUCCAGUGCAACCAGUAAGUUGAUCCACCCUGAUGAGGAUGUCUCACUGGAGGAGCUGCGGGCUCAGCUUCCCAGAUACCAGUGCAGUAUUCCCCGCCAAGGCCAGCCCACCGCUGCUGCCCCGUCAGCGGGUCCCGUGGGCGGCAUCAUGGCUCCUCAGCAGCACGGCAUGAGGCAUCCCAUCCCUGGCCAGUACGGUGGGCCACCCCAGGGCCUGCCAGGCUUCAUGCCAGGACGGAUGCCUCCGUAUGGACAGGCCCCACCAGUGGUCCCUCCAGGGUACCAGGGAGCCCCUCCACGGCCGCCCAUGGGCAUGAGACCCCCCGUCAUGUCUCCUGGAGGCCGCUACUGAAGUCUGCCUUCCUCUCUCCAAUAGGUUUGGACACUCAACCCUUUUCUAAUGUCCUCAGCUGCUAGUAGAGCAAUCAGUGUUGGUAUUGUAGUACCACAGUGUACUGUUUAUUCUACUGCUGAGCUAUGAGGAAGAGACACUAAAUAAACAACAAGAAAAAAGAGCGCAUGGGAAGUAUUUACACUGUACCUAACCAAGACUAUGAACUGUUCCAUUUAAUUCUCAUUCAAACCGUCUCUGUUCUGUGGCUUUGUUUCCUUCUCAUGUUUCAUUUAGGUGUAUAGAAGUGUAGUAGAUAUGGUUCGUAGUGUUGUGAAGGCGCUGGAGUUACAUGGGCAGUACCCACCGUUUAUCAAGGCAAGUUUUAUGUAAAUACCUUUCUGUUCUAAGCUAAACGGUGAGGCCUUCACAGCACGUAGUGCUGUUGGACUUGUGUCCCCAACUUUGUUUGGUGAGGGCUUCUAGUAACGUUCGUUCUGUUCCAUGUUAACACUCCCUUAACCUUAAAUAGACGCGGUAUUAAAUGGAAUGGUAUGUGUAUCGUUGUGAAACUGUAUUGUAAUAAAAUGUGGGAAAAAUGUAAGACUCUUUUUUGCGGGAUGCUAGUGGGCAGAGACAUGACAGCAGGUUUGUACUGGGCUUACCAGCUACAGGGUGGCUUGUAUUGUCUUAAAGAUGAACAGUGAUAACCAAUGUUUAGUUAAAGUGAAACAUGCUGGUAAAUGUCUCGACUAUAAGCAGUGUAUUGACUGUUGUACUGAUGCUCUGUGCAUGGCACUGGCAGACUGGCCUUUGACAAACCGAGUGCAUUGUACAGCUGCAUAACAUCCGGGUCAGUAGUGGCUGUAGUGCUAAAACCCAGAUUUCUCUUCUCCCUGUAGCAAUGCCAUGGGGGACUGGCUGAGGCCCUGUCUCAGUGUAGCCCUGUUUCAGCCUGAGGCAAGUCUCACCAUUUUCUGUCUUCUCAUUCAUUACCAGGGGCCCUCACAGCUUCACACGCUGUUGGAUGUUAAUGUCCCCAAACUUGUAGCAAGUUUGGUGAAGGCCCUUGUUUGUGUUCUUGCGUUUAGGCAUCAUUAUCUUCAGGCAUGUCAGCUCAUGUAGACGACAUUCUUUCCUUUCUUGUUAAGCUAUUAUCUGCCACAUCCUCCAUUCUUUACUGAUGAAAGCAUCAGGCAGCUUUGUUUGCAUUUAAUAGCUCUUUACUGAUAGUGUAGAGCUUUAUAUGAAACUCAGUUUUUUUAGAAGCUAAGAAUAUUGACUGCUCCUGAAGUCCACUGUAAUGUUGUUAUAUAUAUAUAUACAUAUAUGAAAUAUUCAUCUCUUGGUUAAAACACUAAGUGCUGGAGUUCCACAUUAGCACCACCAUUACACCUGCAGCCAGUUUACACAUUAAAUGUGUGUUGGGAAGUUUGGAUGAACAAAUGAGUCUUUAUGUGUUUGUAAAAUGGCUUUGCUACUUAAUCCUGUUUGUUUCAUCAGCUUUCCUCACUUGAUCAUUUGAUUUUAACCAUAACAUGAAGACGAAUCUCUGCCAGUCACAGGUUAGUUAAAGCUGUAAGUACCACAAACAUAACUUUAACUUUGAUCAUGCUGUGUUUGGUGUGCACACGAUUCAGUUCUGAAGCAUUUUUACACGUCUUAUUAUGAGCUGAAGGAAUUCCCCAUCAACAAACGGUGUUGAUGACUGUGAUGUGCAACACAGUUUGCCACUACCUAUUGAACAUCUCAACACAGCUUCAGUAGCACACAGUUAAACUUAAACAGCAGUCUUCAUGGGUAAGUAUGGUGUAAAGCAUUAAAAGCUUUACCUAGAAUGCAGCACACUGUUUCAUGAGCAGAUUUCACAGUUUCUUUGGCUUGUUUGUGUUUCAUAACCUGUCAAAACAAGAUGGUUCUGGACUGAUCAGGAAACUUUGGAAGAGUUAAGUCAAAAACUGCUUUUCUGCUUUAGUGCCCGUCCCUCUGCAGGAUAUAUUUUUCUUGCAAUAUCUGUACAACUGAAGUCUGAAUGCCUCUGUUUUGUUUUUAAAUAAAUGAGUGUACAAACUGUAA